GAAAAAUAAACUUUUGUAAAACCUGUCUCCUUUAGCCUGGUACUUGUCUUCGCAUUGACUUUCCCAAGCAAUGAACUUCCCCAGGCAGGUAGCGAUUGUAGGCUACAUCAAGGACAGCGGCUUUUUUUCGGUCCCCUGGUAUGCUACCAGCGACCCACAACUAAGAUCACCGAUUUGAGAUUCAAAAAUGUCUCGUAACGUCAUAUACAGGCGCGACGGAACCGACGGUCAACACCUGAAACCACAGCAUCGUCUUUGUUGACCGUUUACAUGUUUCCAUCACACCACAUCUGCUGCCAGCAUCACGCCUUUCAAUCUGGUAUCAAUCCCAGUAGUUUCAGAUGCAGUUCAGAUAGGUUGGGCAAAGCUAAAAGCCAAAUGUCGUGCAAGUGCUUGUGAUUGAUGAUGAUGGGUAAUUUGACACUUUGACUUUCUUUUCCCCUUGAUUUCUGAUUUUUCUUGAGUUGUCAUGCAAAAGUACCUUCUGGGCGUCCAUAGAUACCGAUGAGGAUGUCUAAGAGCCAAAAUGAGAGCGAAAUUGGGAUGAAAACAGCAAGAGAACAGACUAAAAACAUUGCCUGUAUCUCAUCCAUGGACAAGUUUCCAGGAAAUUUGGUUUAUUCAAGCGCCGUUAGAGGGCGUUAAUUUCUAGGAAAAAAAUGGUGGAAUCUAAAAAUAAGCCCACGUGUUGAAAACAUUAAACUUGCGUUUUCACCAUCAACGAAGUUAUUUUAUUGAUUAGAAUUUUGACAAGAUGGUCAAGAGUAGGAAAAAGAAGAAUGAGAAGAAAGACUUCCAAAAAGUCAAGUUCAAGGUUGGGAAGAAGCUACCACAGGCAGACAAUGUGACCAACGUCAGCUUCCAGUCGAAGGGUAUUCGCAUCAAGGAGCAACUGAAGGCAGACUCUGCGCAACCUAGCAACAAGCGCAAACAAAACAUAAAUGACCUUCUUUCUCAAACACGGCACUACAACACGACUGUCCGACAUGACUCCCUGACGGGGCUGAAAGAACUGAUCAUAAUGCACCCAGAAGUCGGCAGAGAAAAUCUUUCAACGAUCAUCGAAAGAGUAUCUGCGCUAUUCGUAGACAAAGAUGGCGUCAUUCGUCAGACAGUGUUGAAAUUGUUGAAUGUGUUAUUCCCAAAGACAACAGCCAGUUCGCUUGCUCCAUUCUUUUCCGUGAUAAACGCUCACCUCUGCUGUGCAAUGACGCAUAUUGAUGAGCAAAUCCAAGCGGAUUCCUUAAACGUAGUUGACAUUUUGUUGAAAUUCUACCCUAGCGUCCUGAUAGACCAUUGUAGCCAGCUUCUUCCAAAUUUCAUCAACCUCAUCUCGAAGCAGACGCAAAAGCAAACGAAAUCUGGAUCAGCAGGACCAAGGAGAUUGUCAAUUAAUCCCAACACCAAGGUUCAUGCACAGAAGUGGCGGGUGAAGGUUUUAGACCGCUUGUACAGCUUCUUACAAGCCCUUGCCAAGAGUGUUGAGGACAGGGACAAGGAAAACACAACGUUGGACACAUCCGUAAAAAUCAGCUGCGGAGGUCGUAACGUUUUUCACCAACCAAAAAUUCCACUAAGUUACCCAAUACCAUUCUGCAAUGGUUUUCGACUCCGACCGCAGCAAGGGAUGAAAAAACUUCCCCAGCAGGAUGUCCUGAACCAGCCAGAGCAGUUGAAAAACUUUGUCCUGACAUUGAUGCCGUUGUUGCUAGACUGUUGGGUCGAAUGUUCACCAGCUCAGUUGAUAGCGAAUGUCCCCGGUAACGCACCGGCUGCGGACACUUUGGCGGCCAUGUUGAGCAUCAUCAAGGUCAUACAGCUGCUGUGGCAGUGUGUGGAGGGACUCUCCUCAGAUCAUGAAGAAAUAAGUCUGUCCUGGCUGACCAACACCUACAUGAAUGAGUUCGUCCACCAUUUCAUGGCCUAUUUCCCUUAUGCCGGUCAGGAGGUACUGACGAGGAAUAAACGGUCAAAGAAAGUGGAAAUCAAACAGGUGUCAGUGAUGGGUUUGAACCUUCGCGUCAGUGAAAUCAUGGUUUACUUCCUCCAAGAGAAGCUGGUGGAAGUCCGGCACAACCACUGGGUUCACAAUCUGAUGGACUUUAUCAUCACUGCUGCGGAGGGCUCGAGACUACCUGCGGAGGAGGGUCAACUCUUAUUGGAGAUAUUCAGGAGACUGGUUAAGGUGGAGUUUCCAGAGGGAUCCAAGCUCCUGAGUGACCUUCUGGAAGCCGUUUGGUCCAUGUACAGACGUAGCCACCAUGCGUCCGUGGAGCGACGUAACUUCCUAACCCUCAUUCUAGAGGAUAUCUUGCCCAGGAAACAUUACCUAAGCUAUCCCAUGAUGCAAGAGUGGCUAGCCUCACUCCCAGAAUUCCUCCUGACUUGUAGCCUUGACAAUGACAACACAGUGAAUCUGAUCCUGGAGGCAAUGGGGAAAGUCGCUGCUCAGAAACAUGCUGACUUCAGCAGCAGCUUUGAGAAAUAUCUUCAAGGUAUUCUUGAUCCCGAGAAUGGCGUCCUACUGAGGUUACGCUUGCCGCAGCAGAGGAAGCUGGUUGAGAUACUACCCUCCGUCUCGGCAUUGGACAAGGGCGACUUGGUCAACUUACUGGGUUGUUGUCGCAGUGAAAAGUUCGACAUCACGAACGUCGGAUAUCUUCUGCAGAUAUUACAUGAUAGAUAUCAUCACCAUGAAAACCAGUUUUGCGAGGCGUCUGCCUAUCUUAGUUUCAUGCUGUCUCUUUGUACUGGUUGUCAAAAGGACUGCAAUAAUUCUAGUCCUGAGAGAGGCCCUCUUUGCUCUCUGAAUGUUGUUGAUGCACAUGGAUGGGAGAGACAACUGAAACUCAUUAAGAUGGUGUGUGAGUUAUUUAAUCUUUGGCCAAACACUGGACAAGUCUGGACCAUUACGUUCUCCUAUAUACUGAAGUUCAAGAAAAAGUCAUCAGAGUUGUCGCUGUUAAGUGCAGUUGCGAUCCUCGAACUUUUCAAGACUCUCUACAAGGCUGAUUCUGCAAUCAAAAGACAAGUCUGCCAUGCACUAUCGGAGGUGGUUGUCAAGGCUGCCGUGACGACUCUUGUCCUGGCGGAGGAGGGCGCCGUGUCUCAGAUGGAGGUGGAUGUAACAAAUGUUUCUGCGUCCCAAAUGGAAGAAGAUGUAACACAUUCUGUCAAUGGCAGGCUGUCGUCUGCUCAGAUUAGUGAUACUUGGGUGCUGAUGGAAGAUGUUAUGAUGGUUCUACCUGGCCUUGUUGACGUAUGUGUCGAUCAGAUGUCAUCAUUGUUGCACGGUUGUUCUGUUCCUGCUGAUAGCUGUCACAUGCUGUCUGCCCUCGUAAAUCUGCUGAAACCCGACAGGGUGAAGACGUCCAUCACCAACAAAGUGCAUUUCAAGGAGACUGUUCAAAUAAUAUUGGAUUUUCACUCUGGUGCUGGUUAUUCUCGCUAUUCAAAACAAGUCGCUGCCCUGAAGUACGAACUUUCGCUUGUUAUGUUGAAGGGAUAAUCUGAUCUGAAAAGUUGAGGUGACUGUUGGUGAAUUUUGAUAUGGUCCUCUAAAGUAUAUUUGAAACUGGACUACAGGCGUAACGGUGAAGCACAUGGAAGUUAAAAUUGAUGUCGUUGAAAUCUUUCUUGAAAAUCUUUUUUAGGCCUAUGUUCUUAUAACUUCUUAAUUUGUGAGCGUUACAAAAAUGAAUUUGAUAUGAAAUCACUUUCUUUGUGUUUGUCUAUUCAUUCUUGCCAAUAUUAUUUUUAUUUAAAAGCAAAGUCCACCUGCAAGUUUGUUGUUUACAUAUCUCAACCUUUGGGGAGCCAGCAGUGAAUAGUUCAUUUUCAUAGUGAGAUGACUCGAUAAAAGGGCCUACUGAAUGUGUGCUGUGCUAAAUGGAUCGAUAAAUAACAUUAGCCUAGGAGGUUGUUAAUCUAAAUGUUUAAAUAUCAGUUGCUGCACCUAUAUUCAGUCCAAGGGUACAAUGAAAGCCUCCUGGAACGACUGGAAUAGUCAAAUUACAUCCCAGGGGCGACGGUAGCGCCGUAACGCGGUAGAGUAUAGAACUGAAAUAUUUGUCCAAAACUUUCAGUUCCAAGUUUUACCGCGAGACCGCGCCACCGUCGCCAGUUGCCCAAGCCACGUGUAUUGUAAAUGAAUUUUCAUGUACCUUUUACUGAGGUCUGAAUAAAAAUCAAUAAUUAAUU